AUGGAUCGGUAUGCGCUCCUGCCCGAGGGAAUAAAUACCCUAUCUGCGGCGGCAGAGGACAACAGGCGGCGAGGCGCUGAUGAACUUUGGUUCUACGAAGUGCUUAUGACCCAUCUGGCUGACCAUGUGCGCCAGGUGUAAUUCAUAGAAUCCGUUAUGCACCUAUACAGAGCGACUCGAGAUCCCUACCUGCUCGAGGUCGGCGUCGAUGUUCUCACAUCCAUUGAAUCUCAGGCCCGAACAGGUUGCGGAUUUGCUACG